CAAUCAACCUCUCUCCGCGGAGUUUUAAGUCAGUUUUCCUGUCGCUGCCGCCUGCUGGUUCCGACUUCACGAUUGAUCCCCGAGGUGGAACUUGUGGAUCAUUUGUCGAGGAUUUCUGUGUGUGUGAGAGAGCGCGCGACUGGGAGUAGUCCGGGUAAAAGGUCAAGAGGCGGGGCCGAGCGGGUAAUGGCGGCGGCGACAGGCUAACUGGAAUUUGCUGGCUCGCUGUUGGAUCCGAAGCACCGCUCACCGUCCGUGUGGACUCAGUCCCGGGUUGUAUUCAGAGAGGAAGAGAGUUCUAAAGGCUCACCAUUCACCGCGGGAAGAGAAUUCGUCCUGGUCUCAGGCACCCCUAACUCCACAUUCUCCUACAAGAAUUCUCCAGUUUCCAAUGGCAUCCGUGGGCCUUAAACGGGAAGGGCCGCAGUUUAUCAGCGAGCUGGCUGUUCGAGGGAACGCUGCCAUCUUGGACUAUUGCCGCACGUCCGUGUCUGCACUGUCGGGAGCCACGGCCGGGAUCCUGGGGCUGACGGCCCUCAUGGGUUUUGUAUUUUAUUUUAUGGCGUCCUUCCUAUUGUCGGUGCUGCUGAUCGUCAAAGCGGGUCGCCACUGGAGCAAGUACUUCAAGUCCCGCCGUCCCCUCUUCACUGGGGGCCUGGUUGGCGGCCUCUUUACCUACAUCCUCUUUUGGACCUUCCUGUAUGGCAUGGUGCACGUGUACUGAGGGUGGGCCUCGCCCUCACCGGCAGCCGGGACUCUCACACCCUCGUUCAUUCGCCUUCACUGAUCUCAGCGUAAACCUGCCGCAGGGUCACCACCCUCAUCGACACUUUCACCAUUUCGCACCAGAUUCCACUUGAGAUUUGUUUUUUUUACAGUUUGUAUGAUUCUCACAUGUUGAAAAAUAUCUGCCCCUGGAAAAGUGACCGAGGGGUUUGUGAAUGUAUCAGCUAAGGUGUUUGGAGCUGUUUCUCAUUUCCCCCCACCCCCAUGUCUAGAAAUUGAGUGUGUGGGUGGUGGGGGGGAGAUGGUUGGGAGAUUUUGGUCCUUUACUGUCACUGUGAAAACUGUUUGUCAUUCAGAGGGAGUUCCCUCACACACUGCUCCUUUUCGCACAGUUCUGCUUUUGGAGCUGUGAUACAGGGUGAGGGAUUAACCCCUGCAAGGAGCUCCUGUUUAGAUGGGCAGAAGGUGCAGUGUGGGUCAGUGUGUGAGAGAGACCUGGCCCCCCCCCCAGGGAUCCUACUCGGGUUGAUGUGCUGUCAUCGAGACAAUUGUUCAUGGAGGUGGGGGCAGUGGUGGGAAUGUUAGAGAUUUGUGGAGCCACCUCUUUCACAGAAUGGCAGCUGGGAAGGUGUUGAUACUGUUGGCACGUUUGUCAUGUUUCACUGUCACAGGAUGGUUUAAUCUGAGAAUCAAAGAUUUGCAAUUAAACAUGUUUGUCACUACUGAUAGGAAGUGGUUUAUCUUUAAUAAGGCAACUGUUUAAUGGGAACCAGUGGAUGCUUGAAUUUGUAAGUAACAUUGUCUUGUCUUGUGUUUGCAGGCACAUAGCCUGCUUGCAAGAAUAAACCACCAUUCGCCUGGUUUAGUUUUAAUUUUUGUUUAACUUCUGAAUAAAGCCUACCUCCUGUGAAAGUUUUGUGGAGAGUUGCACUGUUAGUUCAUCAGUUGGAUCUCUCACUGAACUCUCAUCAUCCACCCUGUUUGCGAGGCUGCAGGACUGGGGCUUCACCAGUAUUUACUGCCCAUCCCUGAUUUCUGAUCAAUCCUGUCUGUUCUUCUGCUGCCCAGCUACUCUGAGGGAUAACAGAGUGGGAUGUGAGAGGAGGCUGGAGAACCUGGGGGAAACAUGCCAGCUCUUCAGAGACAGCACCAGGGGGCAGGAUUGAACCCAAAUCAGGGCAACUGUGAGGCAGCAGCAGCAAUGAACCACUUUUAUUCUUUACCAAUUAUUAUUUAAAUAGAACUUGCUCAGAUAAUGAUCAGGUAUCUUGCCUUUCAGAACUUAGAUCAGAGACCACUCUGGCCGUGGAGCAGUGAGACUUGUUAAGAUGGUAGAUACCACAGUGAUGUUCAGCAAACUAGCAGAAUCAUCCACAAUA